CGACUUGAGAAUUGCGCUACAAACAGUGAACUACCCGCCUAGUUUCGCUAGCUCAUCUGUCCAUAUAGCAAUUCUAAAACUCCUUGCUCCAGACACUGCCCUUUUUUAAUACUCGAAUCUGGAUUUGACAUCACGUCCCUUGGACGCCUUCUAGGGCCAAGGAUCCUUCUCUUAUAAAAUAUUAUCAUCGACAUUUAUCGGUUAUUUAAUCCAUUACAAAGCGUCAAUGUCUUCAGUUCAUAGAUUCACAAUGGCGGCCAUUUCCAGUUCCUUGUCCCUUAAGCACGGCCUCUCACUUUGGUGUCCUCAAGCCGGCUCUCUCAAUCGACCUAAUCAUUCUUCUUCAAUCCCGUUCAGAACAUUCUCGAGAUGCUACGCCGCUUUCGCUAAUGAGAAUCGGGAGUGUGUGAUCGUUGGGGGUGGAAAUGCCGCGGGAUACGCUGCUCGAACUUUCGUUGAGCACGGCAUGGCGGAUGGACGUCUAUGUAUUGUGACUAAAGAGGCAUAUGCGCCUUACGAGCGUCCGGCUUUAACAAAAGGUUAUCUAUUCCCGCCAGAUAAGAACCCUGCGCGUCUUCCUGGAUUUCACACUUGUGUUGGAUCCGGUGGGGAGAGGCAGACUCCAGAUUGGUAUGAAGAGAAAGGGAUAGAGAUGUUAUAUCAAGAUCCAGUAAAGAGCAUUGAUAUUGAACAGCAAACGUUGACAACAAAUUCAGGAAAACUGCUCAAGUAUGGCUCACUUAUUAUUGCCACAGGAUCUACAGCCUCCAGGUUCCCGGAGAAAAUUGGGGGAAAUCUACCUGGUGUUCACUACAUCCGUGAUGUUGCAGAUGCUGAUUCACUAGUCUCAUCAUUGGGGAAAGCACGCAAGGUAGUUGUAGUUGGAGGUGGUUAUAUAGGAAUGGAGGUUGCUGCUGCUGCUACUGGUUGGCAGCUUGAUACAACAAUUAUAUUUCCAGAGGAUCAUUUAUUGCAAAGACUAUUCACUCCUUCUCUCGCUCGAAGAUAUGAAGAACUCUACCAAAAGAAUGGUGUCAAAAUCUUAAAGGGUGCCUCUAUUAAAAACUUGGAAGCUGGUUCCAAUGGGCAUGUAACUGCUGUGAAACUUGGAGAUGGAUCUACUAUAGAAGCAGAUACAGUAAUUAUAGGCAUUGGAGCGAAACCUGCAGUUGGUCCCUUUGAGAGGGUGGGUCUGAAUAAAGAUGUUGGUGGUAUACAGGUGGAUGGUCAAUUUCGGACAAGUAUUCCUGGAAUCUUUGCCAUUGGUGACGUAGCAGCUUUCCCAUUGAAGAUAUACAAUCGUAUCUCCCGAGUUGAACAUGUGGAUCAUGCUCGUCGAUCUGCACAUCACUGUGUGAAAGCAUUACUCAGUGCACAAACUCACACGUAUGAUUAUCUUCCAUACUUCUACUCAAGGGUGUUUGAAUAUGAAGGGAGCCCCAGAAAAGUUUGGUGGCAAUUUUUCGGAGACAAUGUUGGGGAAACUGUUGAAGUCGGGCAUUUUGAUCCUAAAAUUGCUACUUUCUGGAUUGAAUCUGGAAAGCUAAAAGGAGUCCUCCUUGAAAGUGGGAGCCCUGAGGAAUUUCAGCUGCUUCCCAAACUUGCCAGAAGUCAGCCUGUGGUUGAUAAAGCCGAACUUGAAAAGGCAUCUUCAGUGGAAGAGGCCCUAGCCCUUGUUGGGGCAUCCUUGGGUUGAAGCUGCAAUGUUUGUCCAAACAUCCAUUCUGUAUUUCAUCUUCUUUUACGGCUGAUGCCAGUGAUUAUCAGCCAUCACUGGAGAUCACUCCUUUAAGGGAAGAGAUCUUUUGAUCUUUCAUGUCAAAUAUUUCACUUGAGGGGACUUGACGCCAUAUGACGUCUCCGUAAAUCCUUAAUAAUUGAGUCUUCCUACUUGCAACGUCAAUUUUGUUCUUGACAUCUGCUGAGCGCUUAUAGGGACGCCAAAUUCCAAAUCAUGUAUAACUUGCACAGUAUCUUUGCUCAGUUGGCCUCUAAUAUUAUCUAGCUGCUUGAUUAGCUGGGAACUAUUAACCA